UUUACAGAAAAUGUCGACCAGUCCAAAACCAGUAAAAAAGGUUCCAAUACAUUUGCAGAGCGCUCAAAAUAGGGUCUACAUUAAAAAUGGACAAAUAGUUAAUCACGAUAGGACCUUUAAGGCUGACAUUUACAUUGAGGAUGGAACAAUAAAAUUUGUUGGUUCAUCUUCUGAUAUUGUAAUACCUGGUGGUGUACGAGUAAUUGAUGCAGGGGGCAGAUUGAUAAUACCCGGAGGCAUAGAUCCACAUACACAUAUGCAAUUGAAGUUUGGUGGCACAGUUGCUGUAGAUGAUUUCUAUCAUGGCACAAAAGCUGCCAUUGCUGGUGGUACCACCACCAUCAUUGAUUUUGUGCUACCUGAUAAAGGUGAAUCACUCGUUGAAGCUUAUGACAAAUGGCGUGCUUGGGCAGACCCAAAAGUUUGUUGUGAUUAUGCUUUUCAUGUUGGCAUUACUUGGUGGUCUAAAUCAGUGGCCGAUGAAAUGAGAAUAAUGUGCGAAGAACUAGGUAUCAACUCAUUUAAAAUGUUUAUGGCCUACAAAGGCUUAUAUCAAUUAAAUGACACUGAACUCUUGGAUGCAUUCGAACGUAUUCGCUCGUUAGGCGGUGUCGCACAGGUACAUGCAGAAAAUGGUGACGUGAUUGCCAAAAAUGUUGGUAAAUUGUUGGCAGCUGGCAUAACUGGACCAGAAGGUCAUGAAUUGUCACGGCAGGAAGAAGUUGAGGCGGAAGCUGUGAACCGUGCUUGCAUUUUGGCACAUCAAGUUGAUUGCCCACUAUAUGUAGUACAUGUUAUGAGCAAAUCGGCGGGUAUUGAAUUGGCACGUGCACGUAAACGUUACAGAAAUCGAGGUAUUUUUGGUGAAACCCUUGCAGCAGCGUUGGGCACCGAUGGUACACAUUAUCAGCAUGAAUGUUUCCAUCACGCCGCAGCGCAUAUAUUAAGUCCACCUUUACGUCCCGACUCGACAACACCUGAAUUUAUGAUGAAAUUGUUGGCAAAGUAAGUUUGUCCACAGUUAUGGGUGAUGUGAUAUGUUUUUUGUAUAUAGUGGGAAACAUUAACAGAUUAUGAUUUGAAGGGUAGGGUAGAUUUUGAUCGUACUGCGCAAUACCUUCAACCAAAUUUUGUUUUUACUCAUUAAAAGGUCAAUACAAAAUUGUAUCGAUACAAAAUUAAUAUCUCUCUCUUUUUAACCAUUUUGCGCAAUCGAUAUCCAGCUGCCUACUUAAAUCAAACUAUAAUUGUUUAUACACAGUGCAUUAAAACAAAGAACAGUUUUUGAACAAGAACGUCUUGAUUCCUUUAAUAAAUUUGAUAUAUUCUAUAAUUGCUUAUAAAAUUCCAUCAAAAACUGUUAAUUGUUUAGUGUUUUUUUUUUUUGAAUCGUUGUUCCAUUCU